UCCAGUCACACUGCGCAGGAAACUCCGCCCUGCGCAAGUGCUGCUCGAGUCACAGGCAAGAAACUCUGCCCCACUCACACUACGCAAUAGCAACGCCCGAUCGGAAGAAGAAAUGAGGAGCGCCGAGAUUUCGCCGGCGAUCGCAGUCGCUCGUCUCCGGCACUGACCGACGCUCCUUCUCCCCCCGUUCAGUUUGAUGGAGUUUUGAUGUGAGCUCUCUCCUUCCUCAUCUCUCCCAAUCGAGUAUUUUUGUUUCAUUUCUUCUGAACCUUAUCUGCAUUUACUUUUGUUGGGCAGUUGUCACCGUCAGCGGCGAGAUCCAUUAUUCCGUCUUCCGAUUCUCCAACUGACGGAUCCCGCCGAGAUUCCUCACCUGAUGGAUCUUGCUGAGAUUCUUGUCCAACGUGCCGAUCGCCGGGAGGAACCAUGUGCGGAUGGCGGCGAGGCGCAGCCGCAUCCGCCGCUGCCGCUGUCUGUAUCCAAGGUGAUCGACGACGACAACCUCCUGCCCCUGAUAAUCGUCCGCGUCGGCUUCCCCACAAGCCUCCUCCGCGCCGCCCUCGUCUGCAAGCGCUGGCUCGGCGUCGCCGCCGACCCGGCCUUCCUCCGCGGCUUCCGCAAGCUGAACCCUCCAGCCCUCCUCGGGUUCUGCGUCGACACCUUCACACUCGGCGUGCCAUACCAGGCGAUCCGCACACGCUUCAUCCCCAUGCUUCCACUACCGCCGGAGCUCGCCGCCGUUGCGCGCCACCUGGAAGCCUACGAGAAACAAGAAAGGGACACCCAGCGGAGCGCCGACGCCUUCAUCAGCGGCUUCUGGAAUCACAUAUCCACAGAGAGAGGCAUGGCGAGCCUCCUCCUACCCCCGGCCCCAACCGACCAGGACCAGUUCGACGGCUCCUUCCUGUCCUCGUUCUUCAUCUGCCUGCACUCCAACGGACAAGUCCACGGCCUGUCGCACGUCUACUCCUCGGUGGAGGCCAACAGGCGGAAGCGCAGGUUCUGCACCAUGAACAUGUACACGCUGCAGGACGGUUCCUGGCAGAUGCGCACCUCGGCCGCGACGCAGCUCAGCUACGCGAGGCUGGACAUAGAGCCCCUGCUCGUCGACGGCAAGGUGUACAUGAGGAGGGCCGACGAGGGCGACAUCCUCGUGCUGGAUUUGAAGGGCUCGAGUUUCUCCACGGUUCCGCUUCCGGAAGGAGUGGAGUAUCUCAAUGAAAACACCAUGCUGUCUCGGGCCGAUGAUGAUUCCAAGGUUUAUCUCAUGCAUUUGAUGAAGCUUCAGCUUCGCAUCUGGCUCCGCGAUGGAGACAGCUGGUUGCUGGUGGAUACCAUAUGUUUGCGUCAGUUGUGCGAUGUCCCGAGCAUGUUGGAUGCCACGGAUGAGGAUGGGCAUAGUAAUGCUAUUAUCAGGGUAAGCCAGUUGGGGGACAGUGAUGAGUUUGUGUUCUUGAAGAUUGGUCAGUGUGCGCUCUACUUGGACAUCAAGCGCAGGGUGCUGCGUAAAGUGUAUGAGGCGACGGAAGAGAAUCAACGUCUGUGUUAUAUCCACCCUUUUAGGAUGAUCUGGCCUCCCGUGUUUCCUGCACUUAAGGACGAUGAUCCUGCAAGGUUUGUCUUUGGCCUUUGA